GGAGAAGAACAAUUUUUUGUGUGUGUUUUUUGUGAAUAGGCAAAAGGCGUUGCCAAAUCAAAAGCAUCAGCACACAGAUUGUUGAAUUAAAUGAAUAAAUACCUAAAUAUAUACUAAACGCAAUCAUAACUUAAACGAAACAGGCACAAAGUAACUAUUAUAAAUAUUUAUAACUGAAAAGAGCUAGAGAACUGCAAGCAAAUCAAUUAUUCAUACGCACCGUUAAACAAAACAGCAACACAGCAAACGCACCAAAAGUGAAAUUUUCAAGUGACAUUGUGAAAGGCAGCCACAUACCAGGCUGCAUUAAUAAAACAUACAACAAUCAUAUAGCAUAUAGGAUACAAAGGAUAAAAGGAGUCGGCACAGGAGGCGCUCUGCCUGUUCUAUUAUUUAACUGCUUACAACAGACGUUUUCAACUGGACGAAAGCUGAUUGAAAGCCGCUUUCAACAGCAGCAUCCGUCGUUCACUAAUACUCGACGCGAGGGAGAGAGAGCGAGAGCGCACAAAAUAGUAACUGAGUGACAGAGAGAGAGGGAGAGACGGAGAGCGUGACAGCAGCAGCAGCAGCGACGUCAACGUCAAUCCGCUCAAUAUUUAUAUUGCACGAGACCAAUUCGCGAUUCACGCUCCAACUGCUGACGACUCAGACGCAGACGCCACUGGAGGUCCUGGGUAUCAGACUGUGGCUCUGGUUCAUCUGGUGCCUGGUCCAGCCGCAGCACCAAAAUAAAUAACAUCUGACAGCUGCUGCGAGUCUCCUGCUACUGCGCCCACACCAGCUCGCAUCAAGUCGAGUGGACUCAACUCUCCCGUGCACAAUUCGCACAGGCCUAAGCAAUAUUUGAGCAAGACAAAAACGCUUCAGCUGUAACUGCAAUCGACUACUACAAUCAAGCACAACAAACUAGCAAUAACGGUAGAAACAAACCAAAAAUAUAAACAACUAAAAAACACGCAAUGGGUGCCAAGGAAAGUGUCGAGGCAGCCGUCAAAAUGAAUGCCGAUGGCUGGGGCCACGUGGAGCGCGGCAGUCGCUACCACGGCCAUCGGCAUAAUCAACGUUCGCAGUCGCUAAAUCGCGGCCAGGCGCUCUCGCAGGCGGACGUGACCGGCAUGUGGUGACAUCGGGGUGCCUCUGGUAAAGGAGCUGCGGCGGGCUGUGCUAACUGCGCCAUGGGCAACAAAUUGAGCUGUUCGUGUGCGCCUCUGAUGCGCAAGGCUUAUCGCUAUGAGGAUUCACCCUGGCAGAGCUCUCGUCGUCGCGAUGGUCAUCUCUUAAGUUCGUUCAGGUUGUGGGCUGAGGUCUUUCACGUAUCGGCAAGCGGCGCCGGCACCGUCAAGUGGCAACAAGUGUCUGAAGAUUUGGUUCCUGUUAACAUUACCUGCAUUCAGGACUCGCCCGAGUGCAUCUUUCACAUCACCGCGUACAACAGCCAGGUGGACAAGAUACUCGACGUGCGACUUGUGCAGCCAGGCACACGCAUUGGCCAGGCAUCAGAAUGCUUUGUUUACUGGAAGGAUCCAAUGACUAACGAUACUUGGGGCCUCAACUUCACAUCGCCCAUCGAUGCCAAGCAGUUUCGGGAAUGCUGUGUAUCUUACAUUGUAAAAAAAUACUCGCCUUCUUUCAAAUUUUCACGAAAGGCCUCGUCGAGCUACUCCCUGAAACUGGAUCCGCCGGGCAAGGGCAAGGUGAAGGCCAAGCGAAAGCCUCUCAGCACUCCGGCGUCGCCGUCGCGCGUGCGCCAAGAGCCCCAAUGCACCUGCAUGUCCGCCGAGCAGUAUGCGCGCUUGAGAACCGAUCCACGUGUUAGAGGUUCAUCCACAUUGCCGCGUAAUGUCGGCUCCCACAGAAUCACCGAUGUCGAUGGCCAGCAGCAGGGCAAAGUUGUAAGCGCCGUGAGCAGCACCUCGCUCUAUGAUAAUGUGGCUAGCGGUGGGCCGGGCGUGGUCCAAGGAGGCGAUACCCUACAACGUCAGCUUAAAGGGCAAGAUGGCUCGAUGGUGGCCAAUGCGGGCGUCAAUACCAACACACCGGGCGUCAUUGUCACCGGCGUGGGCAGCGGCUCGGACAUGUGCACACAGAAUCAUGUGGGCUCCCAGGUGGGCCCAGACGAUGCCGGCGCCUGCCAAAUGGAUAUGGAUCUGUCGAAGAGCGAGGGCACCCAGGUUGGCGGCGGACUGCACCAGAGCGUGGGCACCUCCACCAAGUCAACCGGCACACGCACCAAGGAUUUCAACGAUGAUAUGACACGCGACGCGCACUCGCACGAUAUGCACCACCAGCACAACGUAAUCAACAACAACACACGACGCAAGACCAAGAGCACCGAGGACAUGAACGUCGACACGAGCACACUAAAGCGCAUGCUAAAGCCGAUGCCCAGCACUGAGAGCCCCGUCACGUCGCCGGAGAUGGGGCGACGCCGCUACAACUACUACAAUGCCAAUGGCGCACAAACGCUGGGGCCGCAGCACAUGCAUCAGCACGGCAUGGGCAUGGGCAUGGGCGUGGGCGUCGGUGGGGGCGCCGGCGGUGGCGGUGGCGGUGCUGGCGGCGGCCAUCACGUCAUGAACAACAAUACCUUGGGCCGCAACAGCGGCAGUCAGUCGUCGCGCUUCUCCGGCUCGAGAUCUUCGCAUGAAAUCGGUCGUGGUUAUCCGCAGCGCAAUCUGUACUUGGAAUUGGAGCGAGAGCGCGAGCGCAGCUGCAUCGAGGGCUCGCCGCCAUCGGAUAACGUGAUGUUCGACAACCAGUGCUAUGCGACCACGCCCAGCUCCAGCAAUGGCAACUCCGAUCAGGAUCAGUCGUAUGGGCAGCAGCAGCAGCCCCAGCAGCCGCAUCCACAGCAGCAGUCGCAUCAGCCGCAUCCGCCGCACCCACAGCAGCGGGCAUCCAGGCAUCAGCACCAUCAGCAUCAGCAGGCGCCGAAUGUGACGCCCACACCGGGCAGCCCCACCUCGCGGCUGCUCAUGGAGUACGAGAUGCACUUGCGCAAUACGCUGGCCAAGGGCAUGGACGCCGAGUCCUAUAGCCUGCAUACGUUCGAGGCUCUGCUCUCCCAGAGCAUGGAGAAUCUGGAAUUCGCUGAAAGCCUACCAGGAUCAACACAGCGCAGUCCAUAUCCACUACGUAGGCCCAAUGCAAAAUCUUCAACCUUGCCGCUGCCGCCGCAUCGCCCCCUAUCCACCAUACGGGAUAAGGAACGCGAUCGUGACCGGGAUGGCUAUUACAGCGAUCGCAACGAAUUGAUUCGCGAGCGUGAGCGGGAAAGGGAUCGCGGCUAUCUGUCCGAUCACAAUGCUAGUUUCUCGAACUCUCGCUGUGCCAGCUGCAUUGGGGAAUCGGCACGUGCUCAGUGGUUCCGUCACUCGGAUGGCUGGCGUUCGGGCAGCUCGACCAUUGGCUCCGGUUCCGGCCACGGCAUGAUGGCCCAGCAAAUGGCCGGCUCCGGUCACAAGCGUUCGCCCUGGGACUCGCUGCCGUCGCUGCGCCAAGACAGCAGCCUCAACGAUUCCGGUUAUAAGAGUGCACGCGCUGACUCCUUGGAGCAACGUGCUGAAUUUAUACGUCAGGAUAGUUUGCGAUCAGAGUAUUUGAGCGAUCGCGAAUCACGCUAUGGAAUUGUACAACAGGCCUCUAUAGAGAGCACCGAUUCGCGCAUGUGUUAUCUCACAUCGUCAGAGAUCUCGGACGAUGAUCGAAUGAGCCUAACUACUGCCGUUUCGGAUGAAGAUGAUGGCGAAAGUGUCAUGGCGUCACCAUAUAAAGCAAAGGCCACUGGCACCGCUGCAUCCUCCUUCAACUGCACGGGCGCUGUGCGUAAAGCCGGCUUUCUAUCGGUAAAGAAAUGGCUGCUACGUAAGAAGCAUCAAAUCGAGCUGGCUCGCAAGCGUGGCUGGAAGGGCUACUGGGUGUGCCUGAAGGGCACCACGCUCCUCUUCUAUCCGUGCGAUUCGCGUGAGGGCCGCAGCGUCGAGGCGGCGCCCAAGCAUUUAAUUAUUGUGGACGGCGCGAUUAUGCAGCCAAUACCGGAGCAUCCGAAGCGCGAUUAUAUAUUCUGUCUGAGCACCGCAUUCGGCGAUGCCUAUCUGUUCCAGGCGCCCUGUCAGGUGGAGCUGGAGAAUUGGGUAAAUAGCAUACACAGCGCCUGUGCCGCUGCAUUUGCGCGUCAUCGCGGCAAAACGGGAACACUGCAUCUGCUGCAGGAGGAGAUCUUUCGCCUGGAGAAGGCCAUUGAAUCGGAUCACAAGCUGAAGCACAUGGCUGAGCUGCAGCAAUCAGUUGUCACCGAUCAGGAGACACGCCAUCAAAUACAGGCACAGAUUUUGCAAUGGGAGGAAAACCUUGAACGUCUGCACUGCGAACAGUUCCGACUACGCUGCUAUAUGGCCUCGCUCCAGAGCGGUGAGCUGCCCAAUCCAAAGUCACUGCUCACCCACGUCUCGCGCCCCACAAAGAAUACUCUGAAUAAGCUGGGCGUCUUUACGGUCUCCUCGUUCCACGCCUUCAUCUGUGCCAGGUCGCCGUCGUUGCUCAAUAAUCUGCUGGCCGGACGUGGUGCCACCAAGCGACGGCCGCCGAUGCUGUCUCGCUCGAACAGCGGCUCCAGUCGCCGCUCCAUGCAGAUGAAUUCACGUGACGAGCCGGAAAAAACCUUCAAAGUUGCAAUGCCCGACAAUGCUUACUCGACAGUUUAUCUACGUGACGCGAUGUCUGUGGAGGAAUUCCUUGCCAGCGCCUGCGCCCGUCGCAACCUCAAUCCCAUGGAGCACUUUGUGCGCGUCAAGAAGCGACGUGACAUGGAGGAUCACAAUUACUUUGUGCCACAUCGCAAUGAUCUGAUUGAAAAUUAUCUACAUAAUCACGAAUUUGUGGAGGUGUGCAUGAAAAUACUGUACCAGGUGGAGCUGCAGCGCACCACAUUGGAGCAAAUGUGGGGCUUCUCCGUCGAGGCGGAGCUGAUUGAGAACGCGGAGCGGCAGGAUGAGCUCUGUUGCUAUGUGAGCCGCGUCGAGGACAAAAGCGUGGCCAUGCACAAUGGCAUUAUCAAGGGAGACGAAAUAAUGGUCAUCAAUGGCGCAAUUGUUUCCGAUCUAGAUAUGAUGUACUUGGAGAGCGUGCUGCAGGAGGAGCAAUCGCUCAGCAUGAUGAUGCGCUCCUCGCGCACCGAACCGCCAGAUCUAGUGGGCAUAAUGCGUGUAACGGACGAUAUGAUUGACUCUCUGGUGUGCCCGCCGCCACCCUCAGAUCCGCCAGUGAUGAGCGAAGAGAUGAUAACUGGACUGAUUGUGCCAGCUCCCGGUUGGAAUGGCACUGGCAAGGAUUUGUACUCACCGGAGGCGGAAAGCUCGCCGGCGCCCUCAUUUGUGGAGCCAACUGUGGCGCAAUUGGCAGCCGGCGCUGGCGCUGGCGUUGGCGUUGGCGGGGGCGGCAUCAUUUCAGGACUGGGCGUGGCCAAGCCAACAUCGCGCACCAGCAGCUUUGAAAUUGAGAAUCUGCUCAAGACUGCGGAGCAAGUUACCGGAUUUUGUCGUUCACCUCAGGAAACGCGCAAAUCGAGCCCCACGGGUUCAGUCACAUCGUCGGUCUCGACCACAGCUUUAACGCCAUCGCGCCAGCUGACCGAUGCCGAGAAGCUGCGCAAAGUCAUCAUGGAGCUGGUAGACACGGAGCGCACCUACGUCAAGCACUUGAACAAUCUGCUGGAGCAUUAUCUGGAGCCCAUGAAACGCGAAACGUUUCUAUCGAAUGCGGAAAUUAAUGCGCUCUUCGGCAACAUACACGAGAUUGUUACAUUCCAGCGUCAGUUUCUCCAGAACCUGGAAGAGGCGCUCGAACUUGAGCCGGAAUUCAAUAAAUUCGAGCACUGCGGCCAGUUCAGGAACGUCUUAUUUGCGAUUGGCUCGGCUUUUCUCUAUUAUGUCAAUCACUUCAAGCUGUACUCCUCGUUCUGCGCCAGCCACAGCAAGGCCCAAAAGGUUCUACAUCCAAAUGAGGGCAACCAUGCGCUGCAGGAGUUCCUUGCCGCACGCAAUCCCAAGCAGCAGCACAGCAGCACUCUGGAAUCGUAUCUGAUCAAGCCCAUCCAGCGCAUCCUCAAGUAUCCGCUGCUGCUGCAGCAGAUGCGCAAUCUGACAGAUACGCGGGCCGACGAGCACGUCCACCUGUGCGAGGCACUCAAGGGCAUGGAGAAGGUGGCGGAGCACAUCAAUGAGAUGCAGCGCAUUCAUGAGGAAUAUGGCGCCAUUUUCGAUCAUCUGUUCCGGCAGCAUCAGAAGUCGUGCAAGCAGCCCAUCGAUUUGAGUCCAGGCGAUUUGCUCUACUACGGCGGCGUCGAGUGGCUAAACAUUUCCGACUUUCUGGGCAAGAUCAAGAAGGGCCUCGAGCUGCACGCCAUGUGCUUUGUAUUCAAGUCGGCGGUUGUGUUCCUCUGCAAGGAGCGCUUGCGCCAGAAGAAGAAGCUAAUGGGCGUCUCGAGCAAGAAUGCGCCAAAUGAGGUGGAAAUCAUACGGUAUCAGGUGCUGAUACCCGUCACCGAGGUGCAGGUGCGCGCCAGCUCGGCCAAGGACAUGGACUCGCACUUCCUCUGGGAGCUAAUACACCUGCGCUCGCAGCUGCAGCGCCGCUCGGAGAAGGUCUACGUGCUGUCCAAUAGCACCGCCGAUUUUCGCAAUGCAUUCCUCAAGACCAUCAGGCAGAUAAUCCGCGAGAGCGUGCGCAACAUGUCAAUUCCCAUGAAGAACUUUGGCGGCAGCUCCGGCUCCGUCUCGGGCAUGUCCUCCCAAAUGGGCGGCUAUGCGGGCAACUCGCAGACGCUGGAGCGACCCAAGCAGCAGAUCACCAUCGUUCAUGGCUCGCAUACGCUGGGCAAGCCGAAGAAGAAGUCCGGCUCGCAGCGCCACUCGGCGGGCAAUAUUGACUACGACAAUCUGUCGGGCAGCCAGGAGGGCGACGAUCUACCGCCGAGCGUGGGCGGCGUGGUGCACUAUGUGCCCCAAUCCCAGCAGCAGCAGCAACAGCAACAGCAGCUGCAGCAGCUGCAGCAACAGCCGCUGCCACAGCCGGGCGGCUUUCGCAGUCGCAGCAAGACGCUGGGCGAUGUGACAGAAAUCAUUUGCUCGCCCACAGAUUCGCAGCAGCCACAGCAGCAGCAGCAGCAGCAACAGUCAAUGGCGCCGCAUCCACAUCCGCAUCCGCGCGAGCCACCGCCGCCACCCAUCAGGCAGCCGCAUUUACAUCAUCACAGCAGCGACAUUGAGCGCAUCGAUCCGGGCACCAAGUCGGAGGGCGAGGAGGACUCACAGCAGGGCACAAUCAGGCCCAAGGCUACGCUGGGCCGCACGCCCAAUCACCUGACGCUCAGCACCACAUCGACGCUCUCGGUGGGCAGCACUGGCAGCCAGGCGCGCCUGAUACAAUCAUCGCAUCCGCCGGCCAGCUAUCAGCCGGUGCUAAUGAAGGAUCUAGGGUCCCCGGUGUGGAAACCACGAGACAUGAUAAAUUUAGGCACAGAUCCACAGUCAACAACCCGCAAAGACGAUGUGAAAAAUUAAAACAGAAAAAGCAAAACAAAUACAAAUAAUGAAUAAUGAAUAAAAACGAGAAAUAAGUAAAAGUAACUACAUUUCUUUUGUUACAUUUUAACUAAUCAAGUGUAAGGAGAACAGUGUAUACACUGCGAGAAAAACCACACACACACACUAACAAUACGAACUAACACUUUUUCACCCCUUUUCCCGCAAAUGAAAAAGAAAAUCAA